AGCACAUGCCGGUACCUUCCAAUUCAUGCCUGUCGAUCCUUCUCUCCUCGCUGAGGAAGGAUACAACGAUGUUCCACCGCGGUCGGCUGGCUCUUUGCCUCAAUCAGCCGUUUCCCGACAGCUGCCAAUGAAUGAGGAUAUCAAUGAAACCUUCACGGUGGAUCAAAUUCCAGGGAGAUGGGGUAGAAACUUAUCCUUUCUACGCUGGAUGGAUGGCACCUGCAGCUGGGAACCUCGGGAAAACCUCCUUGAUGACAACUUGAUCGAAACAUUUGAGGAAGAGUAUGAGGGCUCUGGAUAGGGAGUCCGGGUGUUGAACACCAGAUUUCGUAAGGGAAAGACAGAAUAUCAGAUACACUGGGAUGGUAGGC